AUGGCGGCAGCGCUCUUGUCAAACAGGAGAUUCGAUAAAUUAUUAAAUAAUCAUGUUAAAUAUAUAAAAGCGUUUUCAAAUAAAUCAGUGAUUCUAAACAAGCCACAGUUCAAUAUAAUUUGUCAGCAAUGCGCUGCCGCAACCUACUUCAGGUUUUAUUCUUCACAAACGCCAAGCAAUGCUGGACAAGAUUCGGCAAAGAAUGUUUUGGCGGCGGUUUUGGCUAAUAAGCCCAAAACUGGAAAAAUUCCUGUUGGGAUCCAAAAGAGAGACUGCUUUCACCCAGGCGCAUCUGUUUUGUCCCGAGAAGAUAUAAACCUUGGAGAUGCUAAACCGGUGACGGGGACUGAUAUGGUGAGGGGCAUGCUGGAGUAUGUAUGGCCUAAGGAUAAUCAGAUGAUACGAAACAGAGUUAUGCUAUCUCUCUCACUCCUUUUCGGCGCAAAAGUGAUGAAUGUGACUGUACCCUUUCUGUUCAAAUACGCGGUGGACGAAGUUAAUCAGAUGACAGUGACUCCGGCUGGUGAUGCGCUGCUAGGAAUGGCGACGGUGCCUCAAGCUUUGGGAACAACUGCCUUCAGUAUGUUAGUAGGAUACGGUCUCGCCCGAGCAACAGCGGCUGGUUUCAACGAGUUAAGGAACGCGGUGUUUGCGAAAGUGGCCCAACACUCCAUCAGGAAGUUAGCCUGUAAUGUAUUCAUGCAUAUACACAACUUGGACCUGAGCUUCCACCUCGGCAGGCAGACUGGGGCAUUAUCAAAGACGAUAGAUCGCGGCUCCCGGGCCAUAAACUUCGUUCUAUCGGCAAUGGUUUUCAAUAUAGUGCCUACUAUAUUUGAACUAGCUCUCGUGUCUUCUAUACUCGGUAUCAAAGGGGGGCUGGCUUUUGCAGGCGUGGCGUUUAGCUGCGUAGGCGUGUACGCGGCCUUCACCCUGGCCGUCACGCAAUGGCGAACGAAGUUCCGAGUGUACAUGAACAAAGCGGAGAACGAAGCUGGUAAUAAGGCCAUCGACUCGCUCAUCAACUAUGAGACUGUUAAGUAUUUCAGCAACGAGGAGUACGAGCUGCGCAAGUACGACGCCAGCCUCAAGAGGUACGAGGACGCGUCGCUGAAGACCGCGUCCAGCCUGGCGCUGCUGAACUUCGGCCAGCACGCCAUCUUCAGCGCCGGCCUCAGCGCCAUCAUGAUCAUGGCUGCCAAUGAGAUUGCUCAGGGUAAUAUGACGGUGGGCGACCUGGUGAUGGUGAACGGGUUGGUGUUCCAGCUGUCCAUACCGCUGGGGUUCCUGGGCUCCGUGUACCGCGAGGUGCGCCAGGCUCUCGUGGACAUGCAGACCAUGUUCACACUCAUGACUGUGCAGCCACGAGUCAAGGAAAAAGAGCAAGCACGUAGAUUGAUAGUGGACGCGAAAACGGCAACCAUCGACUUCAAGGACGUUAGCUUCAAAUACAUCAACGGGAAGCCGAUCUUCAACAACCUGACCUUCAGCAUUCCCGCGGGGAAGAAGAUCGGCAUUGUUGGAGGCUCGGGCAGCGGUAAAUCGACAAUGGUGCGUCUUCUAUUCCGAUUCUUCGAGCCACAGUCUGGACAGAUAACGAUUGCGGGACAGAACAUCAAGGACCUAGACUUGGCCAGCUUGAGGAGGGCCAUUGCCAUCGUACCACAGGACUGCGUGCUGUUUCACGACUCGAUAUACCACAACCUGCAUUACGGAGACCUGAGCAAGUCCCAGGAGGAGGUGUUCCAGGCGAGCAAAAUGGCGGAACUCCACGAAGCGGUUAACACGUGGCCUAAGGGCUACGAAACGCAAGUAGGCGAGCGUGGUCUCAAACUCUCGGGCGGUGAGAAACAGAGGGUCGCGAUCGCGCGCGCCAUCCUAAAAGACUCGCCUAUUAUUAUAUUCGAUGAGGCAACGUCUAGUCUGGAUUCUCUUACUGAACAUGCCAUACUCCAAGCACUAAAAGCUGCUACCGUCGGCAGGACAUCCAUAUGCAUCGCGCACCGAUUGUCCACAGUGGCGGACGCGGACGAAAUACUAGUUCUGGAAAAUGGCGGCAUUUCCGAAAGGGGGGACCACAAUUCCCUUAUUGGCAAUAAAUCCUCACUGUAUUAUAGGCUAUGGGAGAAACAGAAUAGAGAUGCGCUCCCCACUUAAAUGGAAUUGGUGUAUCCCCAACCAACAUUGGAUCAAAUUUUUCGUCUGACAGCUGAUAUUCCAAAAAAAAAACAGCAAGAUUAAAACGAACGCUCACCAAA